GUCUGGUAGAAAUUCGACUGUCUUCUAGCAUCUGCUUGAAGGUCAUAGGUCAUAUGUCACAGGUCACGAGCCACGCGGACCAGGCUUGGCACGCUGUACACAAUUGCAAGCAGAACAGCACAAGCUGUACGACGAUUUAAUACAGUUUGGAAUCAACUUCUUCUGCACGCUUUACCUCCACACCUCUGAACCAAAAUGACGGACCAAGCAGAUGUGCGGCAGAUCUGGCAGACAGCAGAUGCCGUAUGUUUUGAUGUAGACAGCACAGUCAUCACAGAGGAGGGCCUGGAUGAACUGGCUAACUACUGUGGGGUGGGCGACAAGGUGGCACAACUGACCAAAGAAGCCAUGGGGAACGGCAUGUCAUUUCGUGAGGCCCUGACACUUCGAUUAGACCUCUUCAAACCCAGUCUGCAGGUUGUGGAAAAGUUUGUCCAGGAACACCCUCCACAGCUCACACCUGGUGUAAAGGAGGUGGUCUCACUGCUCCAGAAGAGAGGCACUGCUGUGUACCUGGUGUCAGGGGGCUUCUUCAGAAUCAUAGAGCCGAUAGCCAAGCUGGUUGGGGUUCCCGUGGAAAACAUUUUUGCCAACAAAUUGUUAUUCAAUGAAAAGGGUGAGUACGAGAUGUUUGAUAAGGACCAGCCCACCGUCAGCUCAGGUGGGAAGGCACGGGUGGUGCAGCUUCUUAAAGACACCCAUGGAUACAAGAGGGUUGUUGUUGUUGGUGAUGGUCUGACAGAUGCUGAAGCCUGUCCUCCUGCGGAAGCUUUCAUCGGUUUUGGCGGAAAUGUUCUACGUCCGAGUGUCCAGGAGAAGGCCAAGUGGUUUGUGACAAGCUUUACUGAACUGGCAGAACCACUCAAGUCCUAACCAAAUCCUGGUACCUCAGGUGGU